GUAAUUUUGUCGCCAAGUAAUUUUGUUAGUAUUCAUAUAUCUGAUCCUGACAUUCCGCAUUUUUCUAAAGCAACUUAUACCUAACAAAAUUUAACCCAAAACAAUCAAAACUUGGUUGUCCGCUGUGCAACACUGAUAGUGCUGAAAGAAGCUUCUGGUAAAUGUACAGCCCUUUCCAGCACUGCUAGCGAGUCUUUUCCUGCAAUGACAUUUCCGUUUUAGUUCCGGAAAGCAAUUCUCAGAAAUUAAGUCAAGCGUCUGAUGUUUCGCUUCUUCAAGCUGUACUCGCUCUACAUGAAUAACACGGGUCUUUCUGCGUCACAAAAAUCUUGCAUGUGCGAGAAGUUGCCACGCGCAAUGCUCGACGUGACGGUGAAUCGCUUCAAUGUCUGCGAGCUUUGCGGCCUGAUCCGCCGUCCUCGAACGUGCUCCAGCGACGAGGAGGAAAAGCUAGAUGCCGAACGGCAGAAAAUAUUGUUGCAACGCCGCCGCGCCGAGGAAGCUGCCCAAGGAAACAAGGCGCCCCGUUUUAAAGUGGCCGUUAAGGGCAAGAAACCGCAUGCCAAGUCCAGUGGUAGGCGUACCAAGAGCGACAACUGGAACAGGACUGAAGGAGGCGGUCUUGGAGAAGCUGGUGAUGGCGAUGGCCCUAAAGAGGCCAGUAAGAUGGGUCGUCGCCAGCUGGAGCCGUCAGCACCACCACCAUCGUCGCCAUCGCCGGCUCGAUCGGGUUCGCCGGGCGAGGAUUUGCCCUCAAAUUACGCACGCAGGCGCUUGAUCUACGACGACCAGCUAAUAAAGAAGUUUAUUCCACUGAAGGGGCCUAUAACGGAUCCAUCUGGAGGUGCCAUAUCCAAGAGAAGUGGCAGCAUCUGGGACGCACCAAACUAUCCACAGGGACCACUUUCUAAGGAUAAGCUGCAGGGCGGCGGCUUGAGUUCAUUGAAGUCCAGGGGCAAGUACACCGAAAGCCAGCUGGCCAGUCAGUUUCCUCCCUUUGACGAUUACGACGGUCCUUCUGAGGACGCCCUCAUCGUGGACAGUGCCCGGCGCAUGCUCAAUCGCCCGAACUCGCUGUAUAUGGAACCACGUCCGGAUUUGCCCAACAAUCGCAUAGGCAACUAUGGCUCGAGCUUGGGCCACAUCUGGUUUGCAUCACAGUCAAUAUCUUCAGCGCCGAAACCCAAGAUCCCCGAGCCGCCGUUUAGUCCUUUCAAUCAAAUAAUCAACAAGCCAUUAUCAGAGCAUAUAAAAGACGACACCAAGGGAUGCAAUAAGAGCAGCGACACAUCGUCUUCCCCAAUACAACUGCGGACAAAUGCAGAAGAAGCUGUGAAAUCUGAGGAGAUCCUCCAGAACCUCGGUUUGAUGGAGUUUUCUUAUGGGAAUGACGAAACCACUGUUGAUGAAUUACCAAAUGUAGCUUCCCCCAAUAAAACCAUGACUGAUGAAGAGUAUUUAAAAGUUGUUUCAAGAGAAUUGGGCACACAUGGUGGAGAAUCCAUCAUAAUAGGCGGACUAAAGGAAAGCGAGGAGAAGAAUACUUCGACUAAGAACAGCAUUUCGGUAAAAAAUCAUGAAAAAAGUGACCCUAGAGAAAGAUCAAAUUAUGGUAAGACUUCUGAAAAGUUAGAAUCGCGAAGUCUAGAACGGAUAAGCAGCAAGGAAAGUGUAUGUCCAGUUCCUAGAGGGAAAUAUUUUAAGAAUAUGCCAAUGAUUAUCCAAUCAAUAACGCCCAGAAACCCAGUUGUUGUCCCUGUAGUCGAAAAGCAGAAUCCUCUUGAGAGAUUAUUUACCAGGAAGCUAGAGACGUUGGAGAAAGUUCAACACGUGUGCGGAGACCUUCCCGUGCCUCAGGCUUCCUAUGUUAGGGAAUUGUCGAGUAAACUCUCAGUGAGUUGCGUUCAAGUGCAACCUGCCUUGUCAGUCUCCAAUCUCAGCGAAGUUCUGCCCAAGGAUUGUCAAGAUACUUGUCAAGAUUCUAGGCAUGAAGUUGACCCUUCUAGCAGGCUCGAAAUGCCGAUACCCCUUGUAGCUAAUCCCAAGAAGCUUUUGAACAGGAAAACUAUCCCUGGCGAAGAGCGUUUUUCGGAAGCCAAAUCUUUACCUUCAAAAUGUAACCAAUGCCGACGCCCCAUUAGAAAUCAGGCAGCCAAUAGUAACUCUAGGAAAAUAUCAAAAGGGGAGUUACAACUAUUAAUGCUAAAAUUAGCCAGCAAACAACGAGUGUGUCCACUGCAUUUGGAUACAGCAAAGAAGUUCCUAUGCACGCACAAGAUAAAUAAUAGAUUCGACAUUUUGGAAAAGGACGUUAACAGAAUUCCCGUGGCCAAAAUGCUGUUUACCUGGAAGCUUGAAACUUUUGAGACAGUUUACCAUAUGAGCGUAGACCUCCCCAAGGUUCAUUUAGUUGUCUAUGUCAGGCAGUUGUCAGGAAAACUCUCAGAGAGUUACCUUCAGAAUCAACAUUCCAUGUCCUUCCAUAAGUUCUGUUUGCCUAAUUUAGGGAUACCUCCUAGGGCUACCUUGCAAACGAAAAAGGAAAUGAGAGCAGUCUGGCCAUCAAUGAGACCCCUAAACUCCUCGCGGUCUACCACUUUGGAAGAAAAUUCGCGUAAGAAUACGAAAACUAUGACAGCUAUGAAGCGGAAGUCCCUGAAAUUAAUAGAAGAAACAGAGUUGAAAAGGCAUUCUCAGGUCGAGGACAUAAACAGACCCAGAAGCCCCGUUCGAGAGCCUGAAACUAGCCAAGAUUCAGAGAAUGAAAGAGAGAUGAUAGUAGCUAUAGUUAAACAUUUUAGAUCUAUAAGGAAGCCAUUGAGGAAGAAGUCUCGGGGGUUUUAGCACCUAUUAAAAAUAAAAAUGGAUAAGAUAAAAAUCGUUACCGGCUCCGAUGCCCUGUUGGGGCAGUACUCAACCACAGAAAGACUGAAUGGCCAGGUUUGUGUAUUCCAAACAGGCAGCCUCAUUAAAAUCGUAGAUAAAGGUAUGGAGAGUCCUGAGAUCGACUGAAAAAAGGGUUUGCCAUCUCAGGUCAACAACGGAAACACCUUUGUACUGUGUACGGAUCUUUUCUGUUUCGAGACCACCACCUGGUCUUGCUUACAUUCCCUGAUGCCAAGGAUUACCAACUGGUAUUUUUUCUUUUUAUAAAGCCGCGACAGAUAACCGAGAGUCCAAAUCCAUAAAGAUUCUGUCUUGGUGAUUGUUAAGAGUUUUUCACAAAUCAGUACAGGAAAUGGCACCAACUUUGAGUGCAAAAGCUGGAAAUAAGCCGGAAAUCAAGUUUGAAGUGCACUAUCGACAUCCGACAGCUGUUUUUGUGGGCGGAUUGGCAAUUUUAGCAUAUGUGAUCCUCUGCUGGCUGUCUUACAUCAUCAUUAUUUUAUCUAGCUGUGCAGUGAUCAUCGGGCUAUUCCUACCGAGACAGGCCUGGCACAUGCUAAGCUCCACGCUCAAUCAGUACCAUAUCGAACGACAGUUUAAAGACGAAUUAUAGUA